ACCGCAUCACGCGCGAGGGCGCACCGGACCACACGAGCGAAAAGUGCGAGCGAGCGAGCCGGCCUGCAUCUCCCCCUUUCGCUCGAGCCGUCGUCUCCCCCGCUCCCCCCGAGCCACACGCACACCCAAUCCCCUCCCCUCCAACCCUAGCCGCCUGGCUCGCUUCCUCCUCCAUCCUCCCGCGGCGCAGCCACUCCUCUGUCUCCUAUCCCUUCCGCCGCCGCUCGUCGCAGCUCCGCCUCCCUGCCUGGCAGCGGCCAGAGAAGGGCCUCCCCGCCUCACCUCCUCUUCCUCUCUUCCCGAGGGUGCUUGCCGGAGGGAUCGCGCGGCGGCUCUAUGGCAGAGACGGCAGCGGCAGCAGAGUCGGAUAGCGGGAGCGAGGUGGGCCCAACCGGGGACUCGGCGGAGUUCGCUUCGCCGGUGAAGGCGAGGAAGAGGGCGCCGGAGUCGGAGGCCGGCACCUCGGCGACGACGGCGUCCGAGUCCUCGGAGACGAGGGUCGACGAUGGCAACAUCCAGGAGGCCGAGUCCUCGCUCCGUGAGGGCCUCUCCCUCAACUACGAGCUGAUGGUGACACAGAACAAAACAGUGGGGACAAAGUUGAUAAUAGCGACAAUGCAAAGAAGGAAGGGGAAGGAAUCGGGGAAAGCUUGUGAAGAGAAGGCCCCUGAGAACACUGAUGCCAAGGAAGAGAACUCAGAUGAUGCUGAGGAGUUGAAAGUGUCAGAUGCACAAGGGAGCGGGCUGCUCUCGGUGCUCGACCGGAUGCUCACCGACAAGGAGUACCGUUGCGUGUGCGCCCAGGUGCAGCGCAAGGGCGUGGAGGCGGAGGGGUACGCCGUCGAGGGGAUCUCGGUGGGCGGGCACAAGACCUGCAUCACAGUGCCGUCCCUCAACGUCGCAUUCGACAUCGGCCGUGGCCCACUCUUCGCCGUGCGCCAUGACCACCUCUUCAUCACGCACGCCCACCUCGACCACAUCGUGAGCAUCUGAGUCCUCUUCUGGUUCAUGCAAUUCAGGAGCAAUGCUGGUGCUAAGAACGCUGGCAAUGCAAAGAAAAAAAGGCGGUUCUUCUGUAUAUCGACGCUCGCUGCUUUGGCAAAGGCCCUUAUAACCUACACCGGCUAGGACUAGCCAAGAUCUCGCCGCAGUUGUCUUCAACUCUUCAUGCACUUGUCUUUGCAACCUUUUGGACACACUGCUACUAUUUUGCUUGUGUGUUUGCAAAUCCAGGUUUUGGUGCUCAUAGAGUAAUGCCCAAGAUCUGCUGAUGCAAUUCUCUAUUAAGCUCUGUUGUCGUAGACCAUUUUUAUAUGUUGUGAAUAUUGUCGUUCGAACUAUCUUCUUACCCCUGUCUCUUCUAUCCAUUGUAAAUAUUAUUGCACUGCGUUACCUGAUCUAUCUAUAAUUAUCGUCAGUAAAAUGCUACCUGCUUUAAGACUUUUAUGCCUACAUAUUCCCCAUUUCCAAUGUUCUGUUUGGUAACACAAUAUUGUCUACCUUAGCUAUGCAUUCUUCAAAAUGAAUGUCUACAUCUUAAAGCUAAUAAAUAGAACUUGACGAUGCAUGUUUGCUCUAUUUUUUUGUCAAAAGUAGCUACUGGCUUAUUCUUGAUCUCUAGGCAAUACCACCUUACUACAAUGUUUUUACUAAUUUCUCAGCACUUGCGCAGAAAGACAAGAGCUACGUGUUGCUCAAGGAACAACUUGCUGUUGUUGCUGUGCUAGACGACCUGAAAUGCAAGACAGAAAAAAGGAUCAAGCAGUAUUAUGAUAUUCGAUCACAGAUUGAGAAGAUAUGCUCCGAGUUAAGUGAGCAUAAUGAUCAGGGUGAUAAUGUAAACAGUCCAGCUGGUGAUGAACAUGAUUUGUCGACAAGGAAGCUUAAUAGCUACCAAGCACAACUUCGUGCUCAAAAAUAAGUUAAACCGUCCUGAAUAAGCUAGGUAAUCUGAAACCUACAGUUGGCCUUCAAAAUAUUAUGUUUCUUGCACUACAUGUGAAUAAAUAGAACUGGCAGCUGCUAAGGAAUACUUGAGUAUUCAGGAAUGGUUCAAGUCAGAGAAAAAAGACCUUAGAUUUUGCGGUAUAUGCUUUCUAUAAAGUGGUAAGAUGAUUAAUUUGUUAAGCUAGCCACUGCCAUGUAAUUUGUAUCAACUAUCUAGGACUGCAGGUCAUCUAAUUUAAGUUACUUUAGGAUUGAGUGUUGAUGCGAAAUGUUUCCUUAUUUGCAUUACUUUCAGUCUGAUAGACUUCACAAGAUUCUGAAAUAUGUAAAUGAAGGCAUUCUUUAUGUGGAGUUAUUGGAAUUGAUUUCCCAAAGACUGUAAACGUAAUUCAUCCCAGUCUACAUCAGAAUGGUGCUGAGCAGUCCAGAAACAUGAGCAAUGGGAAGGCCUUCCUAGCACAAUAUCAAAUCUUAAAGAAGAGAGAAAAUCUAGAAUCGAUAAGAUGAGAGACACAAUGGAAUCAUUAUGUCACCUCUUGAAGUUAAUGGAUUCUUCUGAAGAGGA